CCGCAAAACUUAUAAAAUCAUCACCCAUCAUUUUAAAAAAUGAAGCUUUUCAUCAUUGCGGCUAUAAUCUCGAGUAUUGCAUCGGCGCAGGGGUCAUCAGGGCUCUGCUACGGAGACGAUAGUCCAGCUGGAGUUUGCGUUCCUAACGACCAACGACCUGACCAGCCAUGUUCCGGAACUUCACCUUGCAGAGGCAACACGAAUGAUUGCACGAUUGAUGCUGCGAGCGAUGGAUUGGCAAGCUGCACAUAGAUUGGCAAGAGCUUGGAAAAGCGACGGGACUAGAGUUCGGAGACAAACACCAAUACUUACGAAGGACCUUCGAGUAGUCUCGCUCGUCUCGAAUCUCAUGCGUGGGAAUGAAUGGGGGCAUUGGCCAGCAGAGAAACCUCUCCGCCUCCUGCUUCGGAUGCGUACCGGCGG